UUACCUCAUUAUAAGGACUCACAGCCCCUACCCUGGCCUCUGGAGCAACCAGCGCCUGCUAAGGGAGAGAGGGAUCUCUGACCUGUCCGUCUCGAGGUGAAACCCAAAAGCCAACAUCAUGUCUGAUGAGGAAGCUGAGUAUGAGGAGGAGCAGCAGGAAGAAGAGGAACAACCUGAAGAAGAAGUGGCUGAAGAACCUGAUCCGUCUGCUGAGCCAGAGGAGGAACGCCCAAAGCCCAGGCCAGUUGUUCCACAGUUGGCUCCUCCAAAAAUCCCCGAGGGGGAGAGAGUGGAUUUCGAUGACAUCCACCGUAAGCGCAUGGAGAAGGAUCUCCUGGAGUUGCAGACCCUCAUUGAUGUACACUUUGAGCAGAGAAAGAAAGAAGAGGAGGAGCUCGUUGGUCUCAUGUCAAGAAUUGAACACCGCCGGGCAGAACGUGCCGAACAGCAGCGGGUCCGCACCGAGAAAGAACGGGAGCGACAGGCCAAACUAGCCGAAGAGAAAAUGAGGAAGGAGGAAGAAGAGGCUAAGAAAAGGGCUGAAGAUGACGCCAAGAAGAAGAAAGUGCUGUCCAAUAUGGGAGCUCACUUUGGUGGAUACCUGGUGAAGGCAGAGCAAAAACGUGGCAAGAGGCAGACCGGCCGUGAAAUGAAGACCCGGAUCUUAUCAGAAAGGAGGAAAUCACUGAACAUAGACAACUUAGGCGAACAACAGCUGAGGGACAAGGCCAAGGAACUGCAUGACUGGAUCAAUCAACUAGAAUCGGAGAAAUUUGACCUGAUGCAAAAACUCCAAUGUCAGAAGUAUGAGAUCAACAUUCUUUACAACCGCAUCAGCCAUGCUCAGAAAUUCAAAAAAGGUGCCGGAAAGGGAAGAGUCGGUGGCCGCUGGAAGUGAAAAAAGAAGGCGCCGCUGCCCAACCCGAUCCGGACCUUCGCCACCCACAGAA